AUCAAAACAAAAAGGUAAGAAUACUAUGGAUACUUUUGUGACAAAGGGGAAGUGGUCAUCAAGUGCAACUGGAAGUGGUCAAACAACUCUUAAUCAAAUGUUGAAAAGAGAAUUAAGAGAAGAUUGUUGUCAACAAAUUGCUAGAUUUUUCUAUGCAUGUGCCAUUCCUUUUAAUUGUGUAAAACAUCCCGAGUUUGCAAAGAUGCUUGAAUUGGUAGGAAAAUUUGGAAGUGGACUUAAACCUCCUUCUUAUCAUGAUAUUAGAGUGAAAUAUUUGAAAAAAGAAGUAACUCAUAUCACGGAAUUACUUGAGGAGUACAAAGAUGAAUGGAAAAAAACAGGUUGUUCAAUUAUGUCAGACGGGUGGACCGAUAAAAAGAGGCGUUCAAUUUGCAAUUUCUUGGUCAAUAGCCCAAAGGGGACAGUCUUUUUGACCUCAAUUGAUACAUCUGAUUUUUCUAAAACUGCUGAUAAAGUAUGUGAAAUGUUAGAUGCGAUAGUAGAGAAAGUUGGAGAGGAGAAUGUGGUACAAGUGGUAACUGAUAAUGCUGCAAAUUAUAAAGCAGCAGGUGAGAUGCUAAUGGAGAAAAGAAAAAGGUUGUAUUGGACUCCAUGUGCUGCCCAUUGUAUUGACUUGAUUUUGGAGGAUUUUGAAAAGAAGCUCAAAGUACAUGCUACAACCAUUAGAAAGGCUAGGAGGAUAUCAACCUACAUCUAUUCAAGAACUCUUCUCAUUUCUAUGUUGAGGCAAUUUACAAAAGGAAGAGACUUGAUAAGACCAGCUGUUACUCGUUUUGCAACUGCAUAUCUGACUUUAGGUUGCCUCAGUGAGCUAAAAGGUGCCUUGAUGACAAUGUUUACUUCAAACUCAUGGAAGUCUAGUAGAUUUGUCUCUCAACAAGAUGGGAGACGAGUUCAACAAACGGUGUUAGAUUCUAGAUUUUGGAAAAAUAUAAUUCAUUGUCUAAAGGCAGCAUUGCCAUUGGUAAAAGUUCUUCGAUUGGUUGAUUCAGAUGAGAAACCAGCUAUGGGCUUUAUUUAUGUAGAGAUGGAUCGAGCUAAGGAGAAGAUUAAAGCAAAUUUUAACAAUGUAAAGAAAAACUUUGAGCCAAUUUUGAAGAUUGUUGAUGAACGAUGGGAAUUCCAAUUGCAUAGGCCAUUACAUGCUGCAGCAUAUUACUUAAACCCUCAUUAUCAUUAUAGUCCAAAUUUUAAAGUUAAUAUGGAAAUAAAAUUGGGACUAUUUAAUUGUAUUGAAAGAAUGGUCACAGAUCCAGAAGAAAGGGACAAAAUAGAUGUGCAAAUUGAAAUGUUUAAGGGUGCAAAAGGGUUACUUGGCAUUGAAUCCGCUAAGCGUUCAAGGGAUAAAAAGGCUCCAGCUGAGUGGUGGGAUACCUAUGGAGAUGGAUGUCCUGAAUUGCAAAGGUUUGCUAUUCGUGUGUUGAGCUUGACAUGCAGCUCUUCUGGGUGUGAACGAAAUUGGAGUGCAUUUGAGAUGGUUCACACAAAGAGAAGAAAUCGUUUGCAUCAAAAGAAGAUGAAUGAUUUGGUUUUUGUAAUGUAUAAUUUAAAGUUGAGAGAUAGGCAAUCCAUUAAAGACGAAAUAUUUUUGAGCGUUGAUGAGUUAUCCUCAGAUGAUGAAUGGAUAACAGAGGAGUCUACCCAUAUUGAUUCCUCCAAUGGAAAUGAUUUAGAUAUUCUUAAUGGUGCAACAAUGAUGGAGUGUGGGGAAAAUGAGGUUGGUGAAGAUUUGGAAAGUCAUGGAGAUGAAGGAUGUGAAGAUCCAUUUGAGCCUUUAGGCGAUUUUGAACUUGAAGAUGACAUUGAUUUAGAAGAUGAUGAUGAUGAUGGGGAUAAUGAAGAUGGUCAUAGCUUGGACUUGGAUGAAGAUUUAAAUAUUUCUGUUAAUGAUUUAUUUUAGUUUGUAACUUUGUAUUUUGUGCUUGUAAUGUAGAAGUUUAACAAUGCCAUAUUAACAAAAUUAUGGACC